UUGAUUAAACGGUGUGUUUUGUUUGUCACAGCACGAUAAACAAAUAAUCGCGGAAACCCAGUUGAAUAAGUUCCACCCAAUAGCUUAUCUCAAAUCACCGCAAAAUCAUAGCUUAUCUGAAACGGUUUUUCAUUCAAUCUUAUUGAAACUAUCAUCGAUCACAAGAAUGCAGAAAAAUUCUGAAAUUAAUUUAAAUGAACCGGCUUCAAUCCAAGAACUUUCUGAGAAUAAUAGCAUGGAACAACAACAAAAGGAGAAUCUUGAUAACAUUGAUGUGGCUGAGUCUGGUAGUAACGCCAUUGUUGUAAACUCUAAUGCAAAUAAUGGCUUAAUUCAAGAUCAGUUACUACCAGAAGAAAAUCAGGCCGUCGCAAAUAAUGCCAUAAUUCAAGCUGAGCCGCUACCGGAGGAAAAUCAGGCCGUCGCAAAUAAUGGCAUAAAUCAUUCUGAGCCGCUACCGGAAGAAAAUCAGGCCGUCGCAAAUAAUGGCAUAAAUCAUGCUGAGCCGCUACCGGAGGAAAAUCAGGCCGUCGCAAAUAAUGGCAUAAAUCAUGCUGAGCCGCUACCGGAAGAAAAUCAGGCCGUCGCAAAUAGAGAGCGUAAAGAAAGGAUUCCAUGGACAGAAGAUGAACACAGGUUGUUUCUGCAAGGACUAAACAAACAUGGUAGGGCACGUUGGAAAGACAUUUCAAAAGAUUUUCUGCCCAGAAGAACCCCAACUCAAAUUGCUAGUCAUGCUCAAAAAUACUUCAAACAUCUGAAAGAAGUCGCGGGAAAAGAGAGGAAGAAAAGAAGAAGUAUUCAUGACGUGACUGUCGACAACAAUGUUACAGUAGCUAGUCACCCUAUUGAACAACAAACUGGGAUUCCUUUGAUCGAACAACAAAAUGAAAUUCCUAAUUUGAUCAGUCCCUCUAUUGAACAACAGAUUCCUUCAAUUGAAGGACAAAAUAAGAUUUCUACUUUGGUUACUCAUCCUGUUGAAAAACAAAAUGUGAAUAUUUCUCCUCACAGCACAACCUUAAAUGACAACAACAUUGAAAACUUGGUCACUCCUCCCAUUGAGCCAUUUAAAGAAAAGGAGAGCCAACUAAAACUUGGGUACACAUUUACGGUUGAGAUUACACCUCAAAAUAUGAAGAAUGUCCUUAAGGUGUGUGAAUUGUUGGAGAAGAACUUAAAAAGUUGACAAGAGGUGCCACUUUGAUGUGCUGAUGCUAGUUUAGUAAUUUUAUUUUAUAUGCCAUAUGUCAUUUUCAAUUUCAUUCUCAAUAUUUUUAAUCUUUUAUAUAUUUUUUUACAUAAAUAUCUCAACAAACUACAUUACUAUGAUCAGAUUUACUAAAUACCAAUAUUAUAGAUUUGACAUCUCCCCUCAAGA